AAUUUCUCUCACUUUCUCUCUCUCAGGUCCCACAAACAAAAAUGUAAAUCCUUUCUAGUCGAAGUCGCAGCAGGAGCAGGAUGUCCAUCUCUCUACCCGUUUCCAUGGCAACCACAAUCCAUUCCUUACCCUAUUCACUUCUCAAACUCAAACCACCCUCCCUCACCCCAUCUCUAUUUCGCCGCACGCUCUUUCCCAAUUCAACUCUCAACGCCGCCCCUAAACGCACCGUUUCGUCCACCACUUUCUCACUGACGCUCACUAACGGAACCUGCAAAACCAGACACGUUGCCGCCAAAUCAUCCGAAGCCGACACCGGAAACACUUCCACCUCGCUAACCCAAACCGUGUUUGGGGUGCUUCAUUUGGCGGUGUCCCUGGGCCUCAUUCUCGCGGUGGACAAGUUUCUGAAGCAAGCGUUUGUGGCUGCCGCGAUCAAGUUCCCGAGCGCGUUGUUUGGGAUGUUCUGCAUAUUCUCGGUUCUGAUUAUCCUCGACUCCACCGUGCCCGCCGCCGCCACGGCGUUCGUGAGCUUCUUCGAGCCCGCGUUUAUGUUCAUACAGAGAUGGCUCCCUCUGUUCUAUGUUCCCUCUCUCGUUGUCUUGCCUCUUGCUGUCAAAGAUAUUCCCGCUGCCUCUGGAGCCAAAAUUGGCCUCAUUUUAGUUGGAGGAUGGCUGGCUACACUCUGUGUUGCUGGUUACACGGCUAUCGCAGUUAGAAAAGCUGUGAAAACAGAAUUGGUAGAUGCUGAGCCUAUGGGAAAGCCUGCUCCAUUUUCUUCUCUUGAAGUGUGGACUUGGACUGCUGUUCUCCUUAUAUCAUUUGUAUCUGCAUUAUUUUACCCUACAGCACUGGGUACAAGUGCCAGAACAUGCCUUCCAUUUUUGCUUGCAGCCACAGUGUUAGGCUACAUGGUUGGCUCGGGGUUGCCAUCAAAUGUGAAGAAGGUCUUCCAUCCGAUAAUUUGCUGUGCUUUAUCAGCAGAUCUGACAGCAUUUGCUUUUGGGUAUUUUUCCAAGUCAGGACUUGAACCUGUGCUAGGAUAUUACCUUACAAAGGCAUCAUCUAAUCCUGGAGCUGGUGACAUUUUAAUGGGAUUUUUAGGAUCUGUUAUUCUCUCAUUUUCCUUCUCUAUGUUUAAGCAAAGAAAGCUUGUGAAAAGACAUGCAGCCGAGAUUUUCACCUCUGUCAUCAUCUCAACAGUGUUCUCACUGUACUCAACAGCCUUAGUUGGACGGCUUGUUCAAUUAGAACCAUCUUUAACUGUGUCCAUUCUACCCAGAUGUAUCACAGUGGCAUUGGCCCUCAGCAUUGUAUCCUUAUUUGACGGAGCCAAUUCAUCUCUCACAGCAGCUGUGGUUGUAUUAACCGGUCUGGUUGGAGCAAAUUUUGUGCAAGCAACCCUUGAUAAACUCAGCUUUCGUGAUCCAAUUGCUCGGGGAAUAGCAACUGCUUCUAGUGCCCACGGGCUUGGAACAGCAGCUUUGUCUGCCAAGGAACCCGAGGCUCUCCCAUUUUGUGCCAUUGCUUAUGCUCUGAAUGGUAUAUUUGGAUCCAUACUUUGCUCGAUUCCUGCUGUUAGACAAAGUUUGCUUGCAAUUGUUGGCUGAGACUGUCAUUUAUGUCACGGCCUGGUGCUAUUCAUUCCAUUCAAUGCCAUAAUAACUCCAGUGCUUAUCUGUUGGCUGCACAAAAAUGUAUAGGGCAAUAUUAUGAAUCAUAUAUUCAGUAACACCAUUGUGUCAAUUGUAUAGAAAGCAAUAGUCCAUUCAUUUAUGAUUUGUUGAUAUUCUAUGAAGGCAAUUAUCUAUCUUGGAUAACCAAGUGAUUGAACACAAGCGUUAAUAUGCUAAAGUUAAGGUUGAAUCAAUCAGAUAGUAUCUUAUUUUGA